UAUAAACCAGAAGAGCUGAGAAAGACUUAAGAGAAAGACAGAGCACCGUAACAGAGAGGACCUAACCCAUCUGCUUCACCCCGCGUCCCCGAGUCCCACUCCAUCUGCAGAAAGCUCAUCUGACUUGGACUUUGCUGCAGACAAAACUUUUAUUGGGAAAUACGAUGACCCUCAAUGUGACAAUGCGGCGCAGCAGCACGGCAGUGCAGAAUCAGCAACGUUGGAGCAUCCCGGCCGACGGAAAGAACAUUCAUGUCCAAAAAAAUCCCAAUGUCCACCUUAAUCGAAACUACACCAUAAACCACUCCAUGAGACCGGAGGAGUACUACAGACGCAGCUGGUCCUCGGACUCCUCAGACUCCGUCAUCUCCUCCGAAUCUGGCAAUACUUAUUACCGCGUGGUGCUCAUCGGAGAACAUGGUGUCGGCAAGUCUACCUUGGCCAGCAUAUUCGCAGGUGUGCCAGAUACCCUGGACAGUGACCUACUGGGAGAGAAUACAUACGAAAGAACGCUGAUGGUGGACGGAGAAAGUGCCACACUGAUCUUGCUCGACAUGUGGGAGAAUAAGAGUCAGGACAACAUGAUCCAGGAUCACUGCAUGCAAGUGGGAGAUGCCUACUUAAUCGUAUAUUCCAUCACAGACAGAGCCAGCUUUGAAAAAGCCUCAGAGCUGCGUAUACAGCUGCGCCGGGCGCGACAGACAGAAGACAUUCCCAUCAUACUCGUAGGCAACAAGAGCGACCUGGUUCGAUGCAGAGAAGUCUCCAUAUCAGAGGGAAGGGCUUGCGCUGUGGUCUUUGACUGCAAAUUCAUCGAGACGUCGGCCGCUGUCCAGCACAAUGUGAAGGAAUUGUUUGAAGGAAUUGUAAGGCAGGUGCGUCUAAGGAGGGACAGUAAGGAGAAGAAUGAAAAGAGGCUGGCAUUUCAGAAAAGAAGGGAAAGUAUCCCGAAGAAAGCCAGAAGAUUCUGGGGGAAGAUCGUGGCCAAGAAAAACAAAAGCAUGGCUUUCAAGCUAAAGUCCAAAUCUUGCCAUGACCUUUCCGUACUAUAAACCUUGCAGACUCUCCACCACCUGCAGACUAUGUUCUCUUGAUGGACGUCACUUGGCUAUUUUGGGAACUCUAAGCAAUCUAUAUUAGAUUGAAUAUUGCCACAAUUUAAUUGUGUUUUCCUCAGCCAUGGUGAUCUUUUUGAACUGUUUAUGAGAUGGACAUGAUUUUUUUUAUUCUUAAUAUUUAUAUGCAAUAAGGCCCCAUGUGCCUGAUUUAUACUUUUCUACACUACCUGUUCAUUUUUAGCUUUAUAUUGCCUUUUUUUUUUUGCUCUGUAUAAGGUGGCGGUUUCCAACCUGUGAGUCUCGAGUGGUUGUGGAAUUACAACUCCCACCAUACUCUGACAACUACAAGCUGUAGCUUUACAGUUACUGGAGAGCCACAGGUUGGGAGCCACUUGUGUAACUUACAACAUUUCUUGACUGCAUUUUAUAGAGUUUUUAUGUCAGCAGCAUAAGACGGCAUAGUAUAACGGGCGUGAACAUGAUACUAAAUACAUUUAUUAUUAUGAUGCACAGAUAGGAGAGUGUAGCUUAUGCUUUUCAACUAUAGACUCAGUUUAAGCAGGUAUGUCAUGACGGCAAAAGCGUUACGGGUAUAAAAUGGGUCCAGACGUGCGAUAUACUGUACCAGCAUGUUAUUAUUUGCCAAGCGAUACAUAUGCGUUGACAUAUUUAUUAUAUUUGUAGCCAAAACAUGAUUAUUUUGUGAGUUGAAAAAAAGGAGUAUGGGAGGUUUUAAAUAAGAAAUUCUAAGCUAGAUGCCCAAAAAUACUGCAAUUUUUGCAAAUUUAUUUAUUUUUGCUAAAAAAAUUGCCCCAUUGCCCAUGAUUAGCUGACCAGGACUGAACUUUGUAAAGGGUCAGAUAUGCAAUAUGAUCAGACAGGACUCUUGGACAGUCCGGUGAUAUGACUUUAUGGGAUUUUCUUGGAUAAGAAACUUCUUGUAAAAUCUUAAAAUUUUCAUAGAUCAUUCAGCAUUAUGUUUUGUUUUUUUUCCCCCCCCAAAGUGCCUUACAUUAAAACCAUGACAUGGCUGCCUACCAAAGAAGAGAUUAUGCUUUUUUUAUUUUUUUUUGACGGAUCACAUUGGAAUAUAUUUAGACUAUAAAAUAACUCCACAGGUAACUCCAUGGAGGAAGGUUCAGUAACCUAGCAACCGGCUAUAUUUUUAUUGUAAAUUUUGAAUUUUUUUUACAGUUUCAUAGAUGCCGUUUUAAUCUGUGCAGUUGCUAUGUGAUUAGUCAAUACUCUAUGGAUGUCGCCCGUGGUGCCUCUUUCAUCCCUAGUUUAAUUGUAGCAAUGGCGUCAAGUAGCCUCCUCCUCAGCAGUCAGAUGAAAUAAAAGCUAUUAAACUCCAUGAAAUGUAUUCUCAGCCUCCUUUAUAACUCUUCACUUUGGGUUGUUUGGGCAAAUUUGUAUUUUUUUUUAAUGUUGUUUUUUUUCUUAUAAAUAUUUUGUUAAUUUUUUAGAAAAAGAUUUUUUAUAUUGUACAUUAUGGUAGAAAAUGAACAUAAAUUAUAAUAAUUCCAUCA